UCAAAGAUUCAUGCUUCCGAGUAGUGUGUACGCAAUGAAUACAGUUGUAGCUAGCAAAUUUAUGCGAUUUAUUCGCACAAAUGUUUCAAAAUAUCAAAAGACAACAUUGUAUAGCACAAAAUCACAUUCUUCGAUACCUGUAAAUCCACUAAAAGAAAUAUACAGUGCUAAUCAACAAAGUGAAACUGGAGUAAUAUAUGAUAAGAAACCUUUCAAGAUACGUUGUGAAGCUGGAAAAAUCUAUCAUUGGUGUACAUGUGGACAAAGUAAAGGACAACCUUUUUGUGAUGGUACUCAUAAAAACAUAUUUUUAAAAAUUAAAUUACGGCCUAUUCGAUUUACUGUCACAGAGACCAAAGAUUACUGGCUAUGUAAUUGUAAACAGACAUUGAAUAGACCCUUUUGUGAUGGAACUCACAAAAGACAAGAUAUCCAAGAAUUAAGACGUUAACCAAGCAUAAAUCUAUAAGUUUUCUCUUAUGUUUAAUAUUAUGUUACUUAUCAUAAAUAAAAUAAAGUAUUUUUAUUAUUAUUA